GUUUAAAUGGCGCUGUACAUGUAGUUACACUAAGAUGAAUAUUGAUACAACAUGUUGGAAAAAAGAGUUCAAACGAUAUUCAGACUGAUAUGUAUUUUUAUAAUUACUGAAAACAUUGCAUCAACUUCAACAUUCAGUACAUCACUCACAGUUUGUCCAGCACCUGCUUUGUGGCAAUUGGUGGCGAUAAGAAAAUGUGCCGAUGAAUCAAUGUAUCACUGUCUAUACAAUGGAGUAACAGGGGAUUUCGAUGAUAGCUGUUUUGUAUCUGAACGUUAUCCAGCAGGUAGUUAUGUUUUAUAUGAAGGUGGUCUCAAUUCUAAACAUUGCCCUGUUGACCAGUACCAACCGAUGCCAUACGCAUCAAACGAAGACAAUAAAAAUGAUAAAUGUAUGUACUUAAAGACACGAUGUAAUGGUGAAGGUCAACUCAUACAUGACCUCAGUGAAAAGCCGGAUACAGAUAGCACAUGUCGAUGUGAUUACAGUCGGGGUUAUGAUUUUGUCCAUAAACCGAGAAAUAGAUGUUAUUGUAUACCAACUGAAGAGGAUUGUUCUUGUUAUAAAAAACCUUGUAACAACAACUCAACCAAACUGACACCAGAUUACAAAUGCCAGCUUCAAGGUAUCAUAACAUGUCCUGUUAUACCAAGUGUUAUAUUAGGUAAGUACAUAAAUUAUCAUAGAACACAUGCUGCUUGA